CGCUAUGCAUUCGGGUAAGAUCAUGGAAACGUAGAGAGAAUCAUACCGAGUGCCAUCAAAUCACCCGUUGAAAAAAACAAAAGAAAUCGAUAUGUGCCAGUGUGUUACUUUGUCGUUUGGGAACACAACAUUCAAGGGUACACGGUAUCCCCACUACUUUUCCAUUAAAAUCAUUGAAGCAUACCAACGAGUGAUGUUCCUGAACACAACUUGGCUUGAUUCGACAAUGACAAGACGGCACUUUAAACGGUACUGUUGUAACUGAAGCAAAAAUUGGCGCAACUAGAGCUCCAAAUAAUAAAAUAAAAUUUAAAUCAAUUAAGAUAAACAAAAAAGUUAUUGUAAUCUUAACAAAAUAUCGUAUGCCAGACGGACUGUACUUCGAUGGACACCUUCGUCAGUGAGACCUUGUCGAACGCUCAUGAACAUUUGAAACAUUGUGCUCUUUGAGUUUUCAAAGUGUCAAAGAAGUCGCAUAAAUCUUUCAUUUUGGUCGAUAUUUAAAAAAUUGAAGUGACACGAUUGAAGUUAAAUCUUUCAUAAAGUGGGUGGUGUAAAUUUUACAGAAUGGAUACUAAUAAUACAUUUAUUGGAGGCAACAAAACUAACAUAUUGCAAUGGCAAGACUAUCUUGUGAUCGGCGUAAUUAUGUCAGUUUCUGUCAUAAUCGGACUCUACUACCGAUUCAGCGGUGGUCGACAACGUACUGCAGCGGAAUACUUCUCCGCGGACAACUCAUUAGGUAUCUUACCGUUCUCAAUAGCAAUGAUGGCUUCCCAAGUAUCAGGAAUUACUAUGCUUGGAAUAAAUGGGGAAAGUUACAUCCGAGGCCUGAUGAUUGUAUUAUUGUAUAGCACCGGGAUUUACGUCGUGCCAAUUAUGGCCUUUUGUUAUCUACCAGUCUUUUUCGAGCUGAAGAUUAUAAGCAUUUAUGAGUAUCUGGAAAAACGAUUUGGAUUGAACAUGCGGUUGCUCGUAAGCGCAGCUAAUUUUAUACAAACAAUGUUAUUUACCGGAGUGGUACUGUACGCUCCUGCGUUAGCUCUCGAAGCUACCACAGGCUUGUCUAGUACCAUGAGCAUUUUGGUACUCGGUACAAUCUGUACCAUUUAUUGCACGUUAGGUGGCAUCAAAGCGGUUUUGAUCACCGACAUCUUCCAGGGCUUGCUUAUGAUAAUCGCUCUUUUCAUCAUUAUUAUCACUAUUGCCCAGAACAUCGACGGAGGAAUCGGUACCAUUUGGCGAAUAGCACAAGAGGGAGAUCGUACACAUUUUUCUGAAGCAUCUUUAGAUCCAACUGUACAAUACACGUGGUGGAGUCUUUUAAUCGGAGGAGGAUCAAUAAAUUUGGCAUAUAUGGGGGUGAAUCAGGUGCAAGUUCAACGUUUAAUGACUGUUAAAAACGUAAAAAUGGCUACAAAUGCGCUAUUAUUAUGUGUUCCAUUCGUCUUCUUGGUAGGCUUUUUAUCAUGCUUCGCCGGAUUAUCAAUUUACGCGGUCUAUAAAGAUUGCGAUCCCGUUGUUUCCGGAAAAAUUUCGACCUAUGACAAAAUAUUGCCUUAUUUCGCCGUGGAGAAUUUAUCACCUGGAGUGGUUGGUUUUAUCGUUUCCGGUGUUUUUAGCGCCAGCCUAAGCACGAUUUCCGCUAUGAUGAAUUCGUUAGCUGCUGUGGCACUCGAGGACUAUGUAAAGCCACUACAUCGAAAAUUUGGAAAGGAUUUAUCAGACAAAAAAUCCACUUUGAUAGCCAAACUUCUUACUGUUUUAAAUGGCAUUAUUUCCAUGUGUUUAGCGUUACUUGCGACGACAAUGGGUACAAUAGUUACCAUUGCCUUUAGCAUUGACGGAGCUAUUGGCGGACCGAUUUUAGGUAUUUUUACUCUCGGAAUGUUCACUGAAAGUGCUAACGAGGUGGGAACAAUUGUUGGCUCGAUUACAGCUUUAAUUGUUUGUUUGUGGGCCGUUUUUGGGCAACCUAAACCACCAGUUCCAAAUUUACCAAUAUCCGUCGAAGGUUGCGCGAAUUCUACAGCAUUGAUACUUACUAAACAAAUGGAUUUUAACAGUACUAUACAACCAGAGCAAUCAUACUUCUAUUUAUAUCGCAUCUCCUAUUUAUGGUACAAUCUUAUAGGAUUGGUGAUCACUCUUGUAGUUGGAUAUGUGGCGAGUAUUAUAGUUCGAUAUAUUCAAGGCGCAAAUAAUAUCGAACACGAUCCAAGAUUAUUUAUACCGUUCGUGGCUGCCAGAAUUAGGCAGCGGCGCCAGGAAGCAGAAAAAACCACGAUGAGUUAAAUCUGUGUUUUGAAAUUUAACUGUAUAAGAUGAUUUUUAAAAUUAAAUAACUGGUAAUUAAUUAAAA